AUGAUAGUUAACAACUUCGAGACGAUGCGGGAGUGCAUGAGCACGUGCCGGGACGUGAGCCCGACGGACGGUAGCGGCGAGCGGCCGGAGGUGGACUGCUCGGCGCCGCCGGUCGACCCGCGCGCCCCCUCCUGCACCGCCCGUCUCCGCCGCUUCUACUACAGCGUGCCUGCUGGCCGCUGCGUCAGCCUGCUGUACGGCGGCUGUGGCGCCACCGACAACAACUUCGCCACGCAGUCGAGCUGCGAGCGCAGCUGUCCUGCGGGCGCUGUUAAUCAGACGGAGAUGUGCCUGGCACCGUCGGCGGACCCGGGCAACUGUCUGGGCCGCAUGGAUCGCUUUACGUACGACUCGACCACCGGCGAGUGCUUCCAGUUCGACUACACCGGCUGCGGCGGCAGCGACAACAACUUCGCCAGCCGACGCGAGUGUCUGGAGCUGUGCCGAGGUGUCACCGGCGAAGCGAAUCAAGUUCAGAGUAAGAUCCACCAGAUCGGCGCUCGAACGUGUGCCUCCUCCCAUCGGAUGCGGGUCCUUGCACGGGGCCGGGUGGAGCGGUACUUCUACAGCGCUGCCACCGGCCGCUGCCAGCAGUUCUCCUAUGGCGGUUGCGAGGGCAAUGGCAACAACUUUGAGACUGCUCGGGAGUGCACCAGCCGAUGCACCGGCAGCAAGAUCGAACCGGGCGGCGCAAUCUGCAGACAACGCUCCUUGGUGGGACCUUGUGCGGGCAGCAUCACCCGGUACUACUUUGACGACACCAGCAAACGGUGCCAGCAGUUCAUCUACAGCGGCUGCGGGGGCAACUCAAACAACUUUGAGACCCGCAGCGAAUGCGAGGGGUCCUGCCCAGCCACCCCUGGCCCUGGCCCUGGCCCUGGCCCGACCCCCAGCGAAGAGCUGUGCCGCCUACCCGCGGAGGCCGGACCAUGCUUCGCGGCGCUGCCGCGCUUCUACUACGACCCGUCGCGCCGAGCCUGCCGCGACUUCACCUACGGCGGCUGCGCCGGCAACGCCAACAACUUCGAGACGCUAGCUGCGUGCAACGCGCGCUGCGGUGAGAGCAGCGAGCGGCCGGCGCGCUGCCUCGCCCCGCCGAGCGGCGAUGGCACGUGCAACGAGCCGCGACAGGCGCGUAGAGUCUACUUUGACGCGCGCGCCGGCCGCUGCGCGGUGCGCACCAGCAGCGACUGCCCGUCCGAGAACAGCUUCCGGUUGGCCGCCGACUGCCGCGAGGAGUGUGUCGUGCCGGAGUCGGCGCGCGCCCCGUUCGAGUAUGGCGGCUGCGGCGGCAACGCCAACAGCUUCGAGACGCUGGCCGCCUGCCUCGGCGCGUGCCGCGGUCUCCGGCUGAGUAACGCCGGCAACCUGUCGAACGCCUGCAUGGAGCCGCCCGUGCUGGACGACCUCUGCGAGCCGCAGGAGCGGCCGGAGAUGCGCUGGACCUUCAACGCCGAGACGCUCAGGUGUGAGGACUUCGAGUCGUCCGGCUGUGAAGCGGGGCCCAACAUCUACCGCAGCCGGCGGGCGUGCGAACGCUCGUGCCAGCGCACCGUCUUCUUCUACGCGGCUAACCGCGGCGUGUGCCUCACACUGGUUGACGACGGCUGCCUCAGCGGCGACAACAUGUACUCCACCAGAGAGGUGGGGCUGGCCUUUGGACGUCCGCUGUAG